AGGUGGCACAAACCACAGAUGGGAUUGAUGCAGACUUAUGGAAAGAUGGCCUGUUCAAAUCCAAGGUGACCCGCUAUCUGUGCUUCACCAGAGCAUUCUCCAAAGAGAACAGUCAUUUAGGAAAUGUGCUCGUAGACAUGAAGCUCAUCGACAUCAAGGACACGCUGCCUGUGGGAUUCAUUCCCAUUCAGGAGACCGUGGACACACAGGAGCCGGCGUUCAGGAAGAGGAGGUUAUGUAUUAAGUUCAUCCCGAGAGACUCCACCGAAGCUGCCAUCUGUGAUAUCCGUAUCUUAGGACGCUCUAAACAGGCGCCGCCACAGUAUACGUUCAUAGGAGAGCUGAACAAUAUGGGGAUCUGGUACCGGAUGGGAAAGGUGCCACGGACCCAGGACUCUUCACCUGUACAGAACAACUCCUCCACCACCAACACCACCAAUAACAUCCAGACUGUCACCAACAACUCCACUCCAGCGCCAGUCAUGCCCAAGCACAUAUCCAUGACCCUGCCGGCAUGUUUCAGGAAAAGCACAACCAGACCAGACUUUGAACACCAGAACUCCAACCUCUAUGCCAUCUCUGCUAUGGAUGGAGUGCCUUUCAUGAUCUCGGAGAAGUUUGCGUGUGCCUCCAGUGAUUUGCAGCAGGUUGAUCUAAUGGGCAUCAGAAUCAAGUCACUCGCAGAGAUCGAGAAAGAGUAUGAAUACAGUUUCCGGACGGAGCACAGCGCCGCGGCCCGGCUGCCGCCCAGUCCCACCAGAACGUCCCUGGGCUCGGAGGCCUAAGCGGAGGAAAGACGGAGAGGACUUCUGAACACCUGAGCUGAGACUCACACACCUCUCUGAGAUUAAAACACAAACCCAUUGGAGAGGAUAAAAUCAAGAAAAAAACACAAAAAAAAAAAUUAAGAAAUGUCAUUUCAUGUGGUCAAGUUCAGUCUCUUAAGUUGAUGCUGCUUUUUCUUAAAGAGAUGCUCAGUCUUUACAGCGAUCGAUCAAAACCACUACAGUGUCGUGAAGGGGCCGGAUGGGAAACGCCUGUGCUUUUAUUAUUGGCUUCUUCCGGCGGCUGGACUGAGAAGCUGUUACUCUCGUGACUUUAUGAAGGGUCGGACUUGGACGCACCCGUGAGCCCCAAAGUCUUGGAUUUGGAAGAGUAUUUUAUUUUUUUGUAUUUCAUUCGCUUGCUCGGUUUUAUUUAGAUCGCAGCGACUGCAUGACUCGUGUGUUUGAUCCUCAGAUCACUGCACUGUUACAGGAUUUCGAUAUGUUUGUGUUUGUGUGGAAAGAGCGAUGAGAGAAUAGGAACACUCCAGCUCUGAGCGAGCCCUUGUACAUAGACAGCCGAUGAAUCAGGAAUGUGCCGUUGUAGAAUUGCGUGUUACUCGUUUUCCCCUUUCGUCUUCCCCCGGUCACCACUGAUGCAGUUUUACUGAGAUUUGACUCUUUUUCAGUCUGUAAUAGUGUUCGACGGUGCUCAAGCACUUGGAUAUUGUUUCUGCCGGUCCAUUUUGUGGCUUCUGAAGUUUGUGGUGACAUUUUGUUUUUUUAAGUGUAAUAAACCAGUGAAUAUUUUUUGCUCAAGUUAUAUUUCACCCCGAGAUCUAAAGAAAAAACAAUAGAAAUUCAAUUUUGCAUAAGUUGAAAAUGUGAAACUCAUUUUCCACUCAAUUUCAUUCCUGAAAAAUCAUUUUAAGUAGUUUAAAUUCUGUAAAACGAGGUAGGCUGACGAUUUGACAGUGUUUUUCAUAUCACAUUAAUGAUUUUGAUAAUCUCAUUCUUCUUUAUGCAAAAUACAGUUUCUCGUUUCUUUCUUUUGAUUUUCAGGGUGACCUGAGGAAUUCUUGACCGUUUUAUGGGAGAUUGACCUGAGCAAAUUUGUUAGUAAAGCGUUCAGCAGCUCGCACAAAGUCGGCCACUGCUGCUGUGUUUGAUACGGUGACGAUUAUGCGUGAAAGAACAGUGUUAUUAUUUCUGAAAGCGCAAUCUCAGGUGAAAGUGUUGACACCACGUGUCUGCGUCCGGUCAGAUGGUUUGACACCUUCACUGUGAGACUUUAAUCUAACACUCAGAUGGGUUUCUAUUUCUCACGUUGUGGGUAAUAAUGUUUAAGCAGCUAUAUUGUUACAUGUUCUAACCACUAUUGUGACUUUUAUUAUGUAUGAUUUCAAAUCUGAAAUUAACCACAAAUCUGACCUGACCUUCUCUUUUUAUUGUUUCUCGCUGUGGAAGUCGAUAGCUUGAGACCUUCAAUCCUGGUUUUCUAGGCGUCUGUCAAGCCUGUUUUUAAAUCUGUCUGGAAGCUGGUUUCCGCCCUAGAAUGAAAAAUAUA